AUUGGGAAACGAAGCUAAAGCGAAAAGCAAUCGAAAAAUAUAAAUAACCAAAUAAAAUAAAACGAACCAGACAAAAAAAGAAUGCUCCAAGAUCCCAUGAUUUUAUGAUUAAGAAAAAAUGGUCUUCGUUCACUCAUCCCAAAUAAUUAACAAGUGAAUCACCCAAGACAGCUGUAAAAUAAUUUGUACAAUUCAUAACGCUAAUUAGUCAUGUGUACGCCGUCCUUCUAAUGCAGAUGGUGAUAAAUUUAAAAAAUAAAAUAUAUGAAAGCAUAAAUCUCAAUUAAUUUUAAACAAUUACACAAACCAAAAGAAAAAAACGGGAUAAAUAGCGUAAAGCGAAGCGCAGCCCAAAGCAACAUAAGAACGAGCAACAAGCAAAACAAAAAUAAUAUAAAAAUCCAAGCCGAAGCUGCGGCUCAAGCUCGAUGACGUCACAAGCAGAGCUUCGGCUGAGCGGCGAGCGGUAAGCAGCGCAGUCGAUGCCAACUGCGACGUCGACGUCGGCGAUAUCCAAUAGCGCGCCAAAAUAAGAAGUCGAAAUUCAUUCCUUUCGAGCCCACAACGUUCAAAUUCGUUUGCUACGCUCACGAGAGCGGACGUGCAGUGCGGAAAAAUCCGACUAAAAUCAGACAAAAGCCCCCAAGACCUCAAAUCCAAACUAUAUACAAAAAGACAAAAACCCAAAUCACUCACGAAACUAACUUGAAACAAAAACCAAAAUUAAUAUCGCGUCAGUUGCUUGCGGUUGUGUUUCGUUUGCAUUUAAAUUAACGGAAAAAAACAACGAAAAAUUGCAUAAAAGAAAGCCAAUUAAAUUGAAAACUUGUGUCUUAGGAAAGUGUGAUUUAACUAAACAAAAUUAACUAGAUAAAAUUAAAUCGAGCAAAUUCAGUGUCCAAUCUGUGCUAAAAUGGAGAAGAACAAUAACAACCUUCCCGCUGAGAAUGGUCAGAUCCCGGCCAAUGGGCAUGCCCAAACCAAUGGCAAUGGAGUGGUCCACCCUCAGGACAAGGCUGUUGCUCCUGUCGCCGACGGAUGGGGCCAGGUCCUGUGGAAUGCCUGGGAUGCCUUCGCGGACGUUGCCUGGUUCAUCAUCUGCUGCAUUGGAUACAUCCUGCAGGAUCUUUACUAUAUAGCCUUCGGCUAUCCCGAAAAGGAGCUCAACACAGACAUUGCAUUGAUCACAGGUGGUGGCAAUGGACUGGGUCGCCUGCUGGCCGAGAGACUGGGAAAGAUGGGAACCAAGGUCGUUAUCUGGGACAUUAACAAGAAGGGCAUUGCGGAAACCGUCGAAAUCGUUGAAGAAGCAGGCGGCUAUUGCAAGGGCUAUGUGGUGGAUAUCUCCAAAAAGGAAGAGGUCUACAAGGCGGCCGAUGUCAUCAGAGAAGAAGUCGGUGAUAUCACAAUGCUGAUCAACAAUGCGGGCGUUGUAUCGGGCUUGCACCUUUUGGACACACCUGACCAUCUGAUCGAGCGGUCGUUCAAUGUGAAUGUCAUGGCACACUUUUGGACGACAAAAGCGUUUCUGCCCAAAAUGAUUGAGAAUGAUCGAGGACACAUUGCCACGAUCGCCUCGCUGGCCGGCCAUGUGGGCAUUAGCAAAUUGGUCGAUUACUGUGCGAGUAAAUUCGCAGCGGUUGGCUUUGAUGAGGCUUUGAGGCUGGAGCUGGAAGUCCUUGGACAUACGAACAUCCGAACCACCUGCAUCUGCCCCUUCUUCAUCCAGGCCACUGGCAUGUUCGACGACGUGAAUGCCAGAUGGGUCCCCACACUGAAUCCCAACGAUGUGGCCGAUCGUGUCAUUUCGGCCAUCAGAAAGAACGAGAAACUGGCCGUCAUUCCCGGCUUCCUGAAGAUCCUCCUCUCCUUCAAGUGGACCUUCCCCUGGGGCUGCGUGGGUGGUUUGCUGAAGCGCCUGGUGCCCGAUGCCUCCCCCCACGGCCUGCCCAGCUCCAUAGCCGCCCCCGUACCGCUCAACUCCAACUCGAAGUCGGCCGCCCACAUCGCCGCUCUGGAUGCUGAGCUAAGUAGCGUUACCCUGCCGGCGAAGCCACCCUCGAUGCUCAUCCAAAGGACACCGUCGCUGGGGGAGCGUGUCCUUUGAGCGCCCAACAAACGCCACACCACCCACUCCUGUUCUUAUUUCCACAUUAUACUUUUUUUUCCAACGAUGUGUGCAUUUUAUGAGCGUGGAGUUACGAGCAUGUGUAAUUGAAUUUCGUGUUUUUGGCAUUUUUCGCUGCGAGGAACCAUUUACUAAAUCUAAGCUACAAAUCUAGUGAUAUUACAUUUAGUUAAAGUAGAAUGAAGGGGAAAGCGUUUAGCCUUAAUUAAUCGAAUUGUAUUUUUGUAAUGCCUCUUAAGUGUACGUUUUUAUGUUAAGGUAAUGUUUUGCAUUUCCGAUUUGCCAGUAGUCAUCACUUAUUUUUAACAGCCUGUUUUAUAUAAACCAAGUCUUAAGCCAUUAUUUUUCUACUUAUACGAAUGCAAUCAAAACUUUUGCUCAACGGAAUUGUCCAAUUCGAAACUAAACACUAACUUUGUUAAAAAUCUACUUUUUUUAGCUAUAACAAAUUCAUAGAUAAUUUAGCUUAGAUCUUAUAUACGAAUUAUUAUAAAAACCAUUUAAUUUUUGUAAUAAAAAAUGUAUGUUAUAAAUAUAUUAUAUAAAAACAAUUGAA